AUGUCUACUGUUUCUAUGACUAGCACAGACUCUACACCCGAACCCUACAGACGCUAUCAAACUAGACACAACUCUACUCUGCAAGCACCAACAACACCUCGAACUCAUCCUGUGAAGGCCACUGGGGGUGUUCAAAAGUCCAAUUUGACUCUAAAGCCACUUGCACCAGUUUUACAACUAAGUAAAACUGGGGCUACAGCAGGCCCAAAGACAUCUGAAAUCCCUCUCCAAGAGGUUCACCAGGACAUCCUGAAUUCAGUCAAGUUACGGGCCUCUGUGGAUACUACUAUCAGUCUGAAUCCUUUGUUUGAUGAUGAUGAUGAUAGUCUCCAGCGGUUUCUUCGUUAUCAUCAGCUUACAUCAAAUGGGCGAAACAUUUUGAAAGAAUUAACUAAACUACCUCCAGAGACGGGCCGCAUCAUGGAAUUCCACGAUGUUGGCGCGCGGGAAUAUGAAGUAAUAGAAGAGGUGCUAGGACAAACGGGCCGGGUAUCCAAGCCCAGGCUGACUUACGAUUACGAAAAGCACUCCCUCCUUGUCGAGAUGCCCAGUGCCAUCCAUGAAGCACCUUUCGAUUGUUUGAAGGAAUCCCUAGGAGUUGCCAUGUCAUUACUUCCUUACGAACACGAUCUGAUCUAUUUGAUGAUCCACAUGAACUCAUCGCUCUCCGUCAACCGUAAAUCGGUGACGCCUGACAUCUGUAUCACGGUCACAGCAGCAAAGGGACCAACCCAAACCAUGUUAGUUCCGUUCAUUGGGGAGUGCGCGUGCUCCGAGGACAAGGACCAUGCCAUCCUUAAACUAAAAAACACCAUCGCUGCUCAUCCUCACGCCAAGAUGGCCGUCCUGAGCCUAGUUCACGAAGCGCAACCUUACAGCAGUCCCGACGAUGAUUCUUUUGCAUCGGAGACCUUUUCCAAACUCAAAGAACCACUCCCGCUUGAAGAGUUCAUCACCGAACGCCUCCCGCCAUGCAUGCCCAUCACUGUCGCGGAUCAUAGCUGUUGUUACAUUAGUUCAGUCGAGUUUUUCGUUUGGGUUCGGGGAGACGAUGAAGACAUUAUCGACCUUGAUAACGACGACGCUGAUCAUAUGGCACAUGGGACGUUAUUGCCCCACAUCAAGAUGGACGCCGUCAAAGCUAUGUUGACGCGGGGAGUAGGGAAGAUCAGAGAUAGCUUCGUCUCAUUCUCCAAACAGCUUAACCCCGAGAUUGACUGUACCGAACUCGAGGAAGCCGUCAUCACGCUUCCCACCAGGUGGAAUGACUACGUCAUAGCGUUGAAUAACGGUGCGGAUGUUACCGCCUGGAGGAGGUAUCAGACUUGGCACGAAGACGUUAUUAGUGACCUCAAGAAGGACCCCUCGUACGUACCACCCUCAAACGCAGGAGAAGCGUCGGGCAGCUCGCAUGAACGCUCCAAGCGCAAGCGCAAGCGCACGAGCACGUCACUUCCCCCUCACAAAUCGAAACGUGCCUUGUAG